AUGUACAACAACAUUCCUUUAGUCAACCAAGAUGUCCGAGGGAAUCUUGAAGAUGAAGAAAGUGAAGAUGAAGAAAACAUAAGGGAAGAGGUUGAUGAGGAUGCAACCAUUGAAGAAGAACAACAACCACAAACUGAAGAAAAAUUGCAAGAGUUGUUGCAGGAAGCAGAACAGUUAACUCCUGUAGAAUUCACUGAUCUUCCAGUUGACAAGAAAGCUUUGGACUCAAAAUGGGUUUACAAGGUCAAGUUUGAUAGAAAUGAAAAAGUGGUGAGAUUGAAAGAAAGUCAGAAUCUUAUUGCCUUGGCAACAGUCCAAAAUUGGAAGCUUCACCAGCUUGACAACAAUAAUGCCUUCUUACAUGGCUUUAUUGAUGAAGACAUUUACUUGAAGCCACCCCAGGGAUAUACAAAAGCUCCUAAAGGGAAGUCAACUCGAGAUUACAGUAUGUUUUCUAGAGUGAGAAAUGGAAAGCAAACCAUUGUAUUAGUCUAUGUUGAUGACCUCCUUAUCACAGGUGAUGAUGAUGACUAUGUUUCUAUUUUCAAGAAACAAUUAGAUGAGGAGUUCACUAUAAAGGACUUAGGUGAAAUGAGAUACUUUCUUGGUUUGGAGGUGUCAAAUACCUGCAAGGGAACUCUCUUGAAUCAGAGAAAAUAUGUGCUUGAUGUGUCGGAAUAUACUAGGUUAAGUAACUGCAAACCUGCCACUGCACCUUGUCCAAAACAUGUUAAGCUAUCUACUCAUGAAGGCACAAUUUUGAGUGAUCCUGAAAAGUACAGGAGUUUAAUAGGAAAGCUGCUAUAUCUUAAUUUAAGCAGACCUGACUUUUCCUUCUCUGUACAGCAAUUGAGCCAGUUCAUGAGCUGUCCUAGAGAGUCUCAUUGGGAUGCAGCUUUACAUGUUGUGAAAUAUUUGAAAGGGACUUCAGACUGGGGUCUUUUCUAUCAGAACAAUUUGGAGUUAAGAGAGAUUGGUUACAGUGAUGCAGAUAAUGGAUCUUGUGUCUUUAUAGGAAGAUCCUUAACAGGCUAUUGUUUUUCUUGGAGGAAGCUUGGUCUCAUGGAAGACUAA